AGAGAUACCAAUGUUUGUUUCAAUGUCGAUGAAUGUGGAGCAUGAUUUCGAAAACCUUUCAUUUGAUCCAUUUAUGGAUCCCUGUUCUUGGUUGUCAGUUGGGUUUUUGCCAUGCACGUGGCGGUUGGGGCGAAACCCAGUUCAUUUUUCAGCAGAUCAAACCAUUGGAGGUCAAGUUUGGGGGAAUAGGGUGUGUUGAUGUGACUUGAAUCGGACUAUCAUACUCCUCUGUAAUCUCCAAUCUCCUCGAUAUAGUGAAACUGGCUCUCUCUCGCAUGUGGACGUAGCUAACACACAUCGUGUUAGUGAACCACGUAAAUCGUGUGUCUGUGUUUUUCGAUUCUCGCUUUCGUAUUCUUGCUUUAUCGAUUCCGGCGAUUUCUCGAUCCGUAGCAGCGCUUUUAUAACAGGGUGAAUGAAACUAUAGCCAAACUACAUAUUCACAUAUUUUCCUCAAACAAAAAGAACUAGCUAGCUAGUAGGCCUAAUUCAUGCAUUUGUAUUCAUAAAUUUUGUCUUUAUAACAAUUAUUAGAUAAAUUUCGGAGUUCUACCAAGUAAGUUUAUUUAAAAAAAUAUUAAAUAUAUGAGCGUAUUGUAAAUUAUUUUUGCGUAAAUUCAAAAUGUAUUUGUGGUUAAUCGCUCAAACCGAUAUAUAACUAGUCGUUCUCAGCAAUCGAUUAUUAACUGGAUCAGUUUUAACUUACUAAAAAAGAUUCAUAAAAAAAAAAAAAAAAUCUUGGCAAAAGGAGAUAGAACCGAGUUGGGCCUUUCAUGUUUCAAAUGCGAUUCAUGACAAACGAAAAGACUAAUGAUUACAUAAUUGUUUGGUUCAUAUGCAAUCAUAGUGCAACGGGAAAAGAUUUUUGUGAUGAAGAGCUUUUUAACUAAUAAUUAAAUUGUAACGACGCAUAGUAUGUCUUUUUUUAUAAUAUUCUUGCAUCCAUGAAAAAAAAUACAAAAUCUAUCGAUCAUUUUCAAAGCAUCAAAAAAUAUUGUGUGUUUUAUCGUGUUAGUGAAUUGUGAUACCAAUAUUAAAUCGAUGAUGAAUUGAGUAAAUAAUGUACUAGUGAUAGUGUCAUAGUGAGAAAGUUAUGUGUAGUAGUUUAAAUUAACAGGGUUUUCUUUUUUCCUCUCAAUAUUUGGUUUGAGGUUAUACAUGGUAUAAUACAUUGAGUAAAUAAUUAAAAGUAUCGAUAUGGUGGACUAUUAUUCGUAUUCCCCCUCUUCUUCUAGAACUCGGUUCAAUCUAGAGACGCAAAUAUUAUUAUUUUUUAUUUUUAUUUCACGUCACUACUAAUAAUUUUAUUACCAUUUUAUUGCACCUCUGUUUUAAUUAAUUAAUUUUAUGAGUUUAAUCUCUUAAUAUGAUUUCAUAAUCCAUGGGGAAAAAAUAUUUUUAGGUGUACACAUUUCAAUGCUAUUCUAAUUUUUUUGUUGAUAUAAUAAAACCCUCACCAACAAAUUAGCAAAGCACAAAACCUAAAACAUUUAAAAGGGGAUAAAUAUGUAGAAAAGAUGCAGACAAAUUUUGGAAUAAUAAUCUGAAAAUGGAUUCACUUUAUGGGAUCAAUUCAAAUAAUGAUGGCGUGUUAUAUCAGUUUGGUCAUCGAACUUUUCUCAUGUGUCAUAAUGGACACUAAUUAUGUUCUUGAAAUUGUUCUAUAAACUUGCUUAAAAGUUCAUUUUAGUUAUUUCAUUACUUUGGGUUUGAAAACAUCCUAUCUCACAAAAUCUUUGUUACGGUGAUAUAAGAGUUUGUCGGCGUUCUCUUCACCCCAUGUUAGAGAUUUCAUUGAUGCAGGAUAGAUAUUGAAUUGAUUUUUACGUAACAAACUAAAAAUCGAACAUAAUUUCCUUCCUUUUAUAUGACUUCAAAAUAUACUACCUUACAAUCCAAGUUACAAAGAUUUACAAAAUUUCCAACAUGUACACAUCAAAUUGACGAAUAUCGUUAGAAACUAUGUAAUGUUUUAAUUACAUUAGUGACGGGUUGUUCUUAAGCGCUUAUUCUAUCUCUUUAUUUAUGAGAACAUAUAUCUACACUAUUGUUUAUCCUCCCACAUUACCAUAACAAUACUUGUUCUCCAAUGUGAAAUCUUUAAAAGUGAAUUCUCCCUCCAAAUCAUUUUGAAGCUAAAUCUAGUGUCCAAUAUCACACAUGUUAUCAAAGUUAGAUGACCAAAUUGAUAGUACUAGGGACGAGCAUUUUCUUCUUGUGAAAGUACUAGGCCCAUUUUCACAUUUCUGGUUUUGCAUAUUCUGUGGUCUUCUUACGCACCAACACUUUAAACAUAGAAGAGAGAGAGAGAGAGAGAGAGAGAGAGAGAGAGCUGAGUCACUCUCAGAGCUUCCCUCUUCCUUCUUCCUCUCUAUAUUACAAGGCAAAAGCCCAUUCCCUUAAACCUCUUUCUCCUUCUCCCCCAUUGCAAAAGUCUCAUCUUUUUUCCUCCCCCUUUCUCGUGGGUCUAUACAGAGCCAAACCCAGAAGCUAGAAUUGAAUCAGCAAACCGAAUAAGUUGGAAAAAGGAAGAAGAAACUCUCUGCAUAUCUGGAAGAACUAAUAAGUAUGAUUUUCUUUAUUAUUCCUUCUGCUAUGCAGUCUCUAUUUAUCUACUUAUUUUACUUAUGCUUCUCUGUACAAAGCUUGAACUUAUGCAUGCAUGAUUCUCGUGCUUCCAUUGCUCUAAUUAGCAUUUGUUAUGUAGUUUAUUAAAUGAUUUGGGGAGGAAGUUGCUGGCUUUUCCUUGUUCUUUAAGGAGAAUUUAAUACUGUGAUGCAAGUUCCCCCCUUUCUUUGUCUUUCACCUGUUGGGAUCUUACUACUACCAUUCUCAUUUUUAUUGUCAGUUAGUUGUUUGUGGAAAUGGCAAGCUGAGAUGAGAUCUUUACAAAGAGGAUAUCCCUCUGUCCUUCGUCGGCUGAUGCAGUAGCCAAACAUGGUGUUCCAACAUUUCCCACCCUUCUUUAAACGGUUUCAGUGAAAUUGGGUUUUGUUGGAACCGUGCAGAAUUUCAAUAAAUUAAUCCAUAAUUCUGUAUUCCUCUUUCUGGGUCGGCAAAAGAACAAAAAUCUACAUGCAUCACUGCUACUUUUUUGUCCUUUGCAAAAUUUCUGAUGAAAUCUGGAUUUUUCCUUUCUGUUUGUAUCUGUUAUUUGAUUAGCAAUGAUUGAUUCCCUGCAAUGAUGGUGUAUUUUUUCACCUUUUUACUUGAUCAUGAUUACAGUUGGUUGUUCAACUUGGCUUAGAGUUAAAGUGAAUGCACAGAUCAAACUUGUGAUGAUUUCUGAUGUGGAAGAAAAUUUCCUGUUUCUUAUUUUGUGCAGAGGGUUUUGGUUUGGAUGUUGAGAAUCCUUGAGAUCGAGAACUUGUGGGCAGCUUGAAGAAACGAUGCCAAACCAGCUAUGGUUUGCACUGCUAAUGAUUUGUCAGAAUGGAAGGACUUCCCAAAGGGUCUUAAGGUCCUUCUUCUUGAUGAAGACAUCAAUUCAGCUGAUGAGAUAAGAUCAAAGCUGGAGGCAAUGGACUAUGCUGUUGCUACUUUCUGCAAUGAAGAGGAAGCCUUAUCAGCAUUCUCGGGCAAACCUGAAAGCUUCCAUGUUGCUAUUGUUGAGGUGACUGUAGGCAAUGGCAAUGGGAGUUUUAAGUUCCUCGAAAGUGCUAAGGAUUUGCCUAUUGUUAUGACUUCUAAUAUCGAUUGCCUCAGCACGAUGAUGAAAUGCAUUGCGCUAGGUGCAAUGGAGUUCCUCCAUAAACCACUCUCUGAAGACAAAUUACGGAACAUAUGGCAGCAUGUUGUUCAUAAGGCCUUUAAUGCAGGGACAGCAACCAUCCAAUCCGAAUCAGUGAAGUCCGUGGAAGAUUCAGUGGCUUCCAAGUUGCAGCUCAAAGUAGAGAUUGAGGAGGCGGAUAAUGGGAAAUCUGAUAAUGAUGCAGAAAAUGAGAAUAAUGUGCCCCCCACUGAUGACAACAACAGUGGUAGUGAUAAGUACCCGGCUCCUUCUACUCCUCAGCUGAAACAAGGCGGACGGUUGUUGGAUGAUGGAGAUUGUCAAGACCAUACUAAUUGCUCAACAGAGAAAGAAACUGCUGAGCAAGAGGGGGAGUCUAAAUUCGUCGAAACGUCAUUUGCAAUGGCUGAAGUGAGUAUUCAGGUGGAUACUGAGAACAUAAGCGAUGGAAAAAUCAAAGAAGAGGAUGAUUUGUCCAGUGUUACCAGGGCCGAGAAUCCCACGAGUCAUGCUCAAAAUAGCAUUGAUAACGAAAAGUCUGAUGGAGGUGUUGGAGACAGAUCCCAAGCAUCUAGUCUUAGAACUUCGGGAGUAACUAAAGCUAGCCGGAAGAAAAUGAAGGUAGAUUGGACGGCUGACCUGCACAAAAAGUUUGUGCAGGCUGUGGAGCAACUAGGUGUAGAUCAAGCCAUCCCGUCAAAAAUCCUUGAGCUGAUGAAAGUUGAGGGCUUGACUCGGCAUAACGUGGCAAGCCAUCUUCAGAAAUAUCGAAUGCAUAAGCGACACAGUCUACCGAAAUCAGAUGACCGGAGGUGGCCGCAACAACAGAAAGAUCAAACGAAAAGGAGUUGCUACCCCACCCAUAAACCCAUCAUGGCUUACCCUCCUCCUUAUCAGCAACACUCUAAUCAUCCUUUUCCACCAAACUCCUCUGUCUACCCCAUGUGGGGAGCAACAGCAGCUGCUGCUGCUGCUAAUCACCUACCUGGAGUCCAGAUGUGGGGUACUCCUGGCUAUUCACCAUGGGCAGCAUCAGCUGCAGAAAGUUGGCAUUGGAAACCUUACCCAGCGAUUCAUGCAGAGGCAUGGGGUUGCCCUGUGAUGCCACAGCCACCACCACAAUUGCUUUAUAAUUGCUUGCCUCAAAAUCAACCAAGUUUUUAUGGUGCCACCAGCAUUGCUGAUAACCAUCACUGCAGUAUGCUACAAAAUGCUUUUGACCUACAGCCGGCAGAAGAAGUGAUAGACAAAGUAGUGAGAGAAGCCAUCAGCAAGCCAUGGCUGCCACUGCCCUUGGGGCUAAAACCUCCUUCCACUGAUAGUGUUCUAGCUGAACUCUGUAGACAAGGCAUCUCAGCAAUCCCUCCUCACAGCAUCAAUAAUGGCUCCAAUUAUUCAUCUUGAUCACAAGGGCCCCACAUUGCUAAUAAAGAUCAUGAUGGUCAUUAGCAAAUUUGAGGCAGGAUUUUGUCCCCAACAAAUAAUUCUUAGCAGAGGAUUACCCAGAAGCUCCAUUAUUUCUUGACACAGUUGUGCAAAAAAGAGAGGACCCUUGACCUUCAGUUAGGUGAGUUUGUUGGUUGGUGGCAUCUGCAUGAUAGUGAUGAUGGUGAAGAUGAGGGGGAAGUUCAUCUUAUCACUGUUUUUUUUGUGAGAGACAGAAGGAGGUGACCAUCAAUCAAAACGCUCACAUGAAGACACAAAUCUGGAAAAGUUUCUGUCUUUGCUGUUCCCAUCCCAAAAUUUCUUUGAGUGGGGUGGAGAGAAAAAAAAUAAUAAUAAUAAAAGAGCCCAAGAGUAGUGAAAAGGGUCAAGAGGUUUGUAAGAUGGCCACGUUUAUGCAUUGUGAACCACUCUUUGAGAUGAGUGGUUGUAAAUAGAAGAAUUGGAAGGAGGAAAACAACUUCUUGUAGUUUGGUUGUUCUUUUGUCCUGAAUCUUGAUGAUGAUCAUGUUCUUCUUGACGUUUGUCUCAACUCUACUUUGGGUUCAUCACAUCCCACUUUCUUUUGCUUGUUUUUCAAAAGUCCAAUCAAGAAAAGAUUAGAUACUUAUCUCCUUAACAUGGGGUUUACUCUGCUAUAGUUUACAUGCUCAAAUUUCAAACUCAGAUUUAGAACUUCGCAAUAAUGACAUCCCAAAAAAGUCUCUUGGAGCCAAAGAUAGCCAAAGAUAGCAUAGCCUAGUGGUGAAAUCACUGGACCAAUUGAGCUCUGGAUGUGGGAGGUCCUGAGUUCGAUUUCCAGUGGCGCCACUUGUACGUUCCCGACGGCAUCCUUGGUAUCGGAGGCGAAGCCUCCCCAAUAUUGAUAGCAGAAAGCCCUGAUUAGUAUACUCGUGUCUCCAGUGGUUACGUGAGGCUGAGGUUCCUUGCAAGGGAAACAGCAGAAUCUCGGAAAGGGAUGCAACUGACAUGGUUGCCUAUUUGCCUAGUAGUUGCCACCUCCACAUCUCUGAACUUAUUAUGCUGCCUGCGUACUGUUGAGAGUGUGAUGGUCACUAUCUUGUUUUGUGAAUUACACGAUGCUCUGUUUUUUUCUCUCAGUUUUUCUGAUUGUGGGAUCAGUUUCAUAGCGGUGGCAUUUUGCUGUUGACAUAGUGAUAUUGUGAAGCGUAGUAGAGAGUAGUCCCCAGUAGCAUUAAAUUGGGACGACGUAUGAAACUGGGCGUCAUCCUUUUUGUAAACCAUUGAACAGAAUUGGAUGGGAUCCUUUGCUGUUCAUGAUGUGGACUUUAUGAGUUGAAAUGGAUAAUGUGGUACUAUUUGACUCUUAUUUUCUGAAAUUUCUAUUAUGGCGUAAACUAUAAACCAUCUAUAUUAUUUAGGGCGAACACGAUGGUUGAUCGUUAAGUUGGACAUUUAACAUCGUUGACUAACGGACAACGCUCUAUGUCUGUGUUAUAUCAGCACAAACAAAUAAAAAAAAUUACUUAAUUUCAAUCAUUUUUUUUUCUAAUUUUGUUUAUUUACUUAUUAAACAGUAAAAUGAAAAUAAAAAAUGUGCCUCCCCUCAUUUACGGUUUAAUAAGAAAAUAAAUGAAAUUAGAAAAAAAUUAAUGGAUUGAAAUUGUUAUUUUUUAUUUUGUUUGUGUAUACAUCACACUGACCUAGCGUGUUAACCGUGAGUCAACGGUGUUGACCGUCCAACUUGACGGUUAACCAACACGUCCUGCCAAAAUAGUAUACAUGGUGCAUAGUUCAGAAAAUACAAGCAAAAGUAAUAUAUUUGUAGAAAGUCUGGGUCGGACUAAGGUAUUAACACUAGUUUCUUCUGCAUAAUAUACUAAAUAUCAAUAACUUUGAUCUUUAGUGUUAGUGAACCCCAAGAGCCAAGAUGCAAUCAUACAAGUUUUCAAUACAUUAAUUGUUCAUUG